AGAAAUGGAUACCAAAUCCCAAUAGGAGGAUGUGGCUUACACGCCCUCAAGUCUCCAAGUAAGCUGCUUCGCCUUCUUUCACCUUUCAAGUUUCAACCUCACUUCAUUUCCUCUCACCUAAUCCAUCCAUCCAUCCAUCCAUCCCCUCACCUUCUUCUUAAUAAAUAAAAGAAAACACGCACACACGGGGACAGAAACCAGACAUGGAUACAGUCCUGUGUGAUGAACUCCUUCAAGAGAUUUUCCAGAGGCUACCCCCAUCAUCCUCGUAUUCGGUCUCCCUUGUCUGCAAGCGCUGGCUCUUCCUCUACCGUUCUUCUACAACCUCGCUCUCUCUUCGUCUCAUCCCUCACCCCAACCUCUUCCCUUCCCUUUCCUCUCUCCUCUCCCAACACCCUUCCCUCUCUUCCCUCUCUCUCCUCUCCUCCUCUGACCCUUCCCCUUCCACCACCUCCCACCUUCUUUCUCUCGUCUCCAAUUCCUGCUUUUCCCACACCCUUCUCCACCUCAGAUUCCUCGCCGGCCCUCUUUCUCUCCGUUUUGUCCUCAGACGAUUCGCUUGAUGGCGGUUGGCUGAGUGAUCAAGAUUCUUAUGCUGUUUCGGAUUCUAAUUUGGGUCUGGAGAGUCUCUGUCUUGUCGGAAUCCGUGGAGACGACUGGGGAAUCGGUUGGCUAUGGAGGAGCUGCAAGAAUCUGAGGCGGUUACAGCUUCGGAGCUGCCAAGGUAUCGGUGGUUCUUAUUCUUCCUUCGGUCAGUGCUUGCAGGGUCUCCAAGAAGUUGAGCUCAGAACUUGCAGGACUGUGGUUGACAUGGUUCUCUUGAAGCUUUCAGAGAAUUGCAUCUCUCUGAACUCGCUAUUGGUCUAUGACGGUGGAAGCAGGGAGGGUUUGCUUCAUUUUUUUACUCAUUGUAGAUCCAAUCUUCGAAAACUCGAUCUUCGUUUGCCACUCGACCUCGACAACAGCCACCUCUUCGCGGUGGCUGCAAAUUUCAGAGGCCUUGUAACUCUCAGGCUUCAGAGCUGUUGCCUUGUCACCGGAGAAGGACUAAAGGCUCUUGCGAUCGCGGCGGCGAGUAACGGGCUUGAGGAACUGGCGCUGAUAAAUUGUGAUGUUGUGGAAAGAGAGCUUGGGUUGCUUGCAACAUUGGGGCAGCAUUUGAGGGCUUUGAGGAAACUGGACUUGUCCCACAGUGAGAUGCUGCUCGACAAGGAACUCAUUUCGAUGUUGGUUUCUUGCGUGAAUUUGAUUGAGUUGCGGCUGAGAGGGUGUAAGAGACUCACUGGUGCGGCUAUGGUUUCCAUCCUUAGGAGCUGCAAGAGGCUCGAGACUUUAGAUAUUGUACAUUGUUUUGGGAUUGAAUCUGAGGCUAUUGAGAUGUUCAUGAAGAAUUCUCCUCGUUUGAGAAGAAUACAGGUUGAAGAACAUAAGCUUUCUGACGCUGCAAGAAUGUGGGCAUCGAAUAAAUUCAUUCAAGUUGUUGUUUGAUUUGGCCUUGUGGAUGUUGCAAGAAGAAGCAAGUGUAUGUUUUUCUGAUUUUAAAAUAAACAGUCUUGUAGGCAGAAGCAGCAGCUACACGUGCAAUGGCUCUUGAUGGAGCUGACAAGACUAAGUUUUCUUUCAAGAAGAGAAUGCUCAUAAAUCUUUUUGCGCAUAACAGGGGAUGAAUCUUUCGUAAAAUCCAGCUAUAUAAAGCAACUGGAGUGAAAAAAGCAUCACAUUUUGCUCCAAAUAUCAUGGAAGAAUACAACAGAAUAUAUAACAAAGGAAGAAAAUAGGAAA